AUGAAGCUGCGGUUACUGCUGUCGGCCUUGCUGGUGGCGUCCGUUUGUGCCCAACAUCAAGCACAACCACAGCAGCCAGGCAUGCAUGCCCAACCAGCACCUGCCCAACAUACUCAGGAGUUUGGAGGGAAAAGCGCCCAUGAUGCCGAGCAUAUCAAGGAACAUCUUGACGGUAAAGUUGACCCGACCUCCCAAAUGACCCCGGAGCAGCUUCAAUUCCAUUACUUCAAUAUGCAUGACCUUGACAAGAAUGGAAAGCUGGAUGGCGUCGAGUUGAUCAAGGCCAUAACUCACUUCCACAACGAGAAUCCUGGUCCGCAACAUCAAAACUCCGGUGCCCCGCCUCCGCUUCCAACAGAGGUCGAACUUGAGUCAAUGAUUGAUUCGAUUCUGCGCGAAGACGAUUUCAAUGGCGACGGCCUCAUCGAUUACGGCGAAUUUUUGAAGGCUCAGAAGAUGAGGGAGGAUGCCGCAAGAAACCACCAGCAGCAGAUGCAGAACCAACAAGCUCAGGGACAACAGGCCCCUCCCCCGCAGCAGCCACCACAGCAC